GAGCCGUCUCAGAGGGGAUUCUUCUCUCUACUCAGAGGAGGCUAGCUUGUGUGCACAUGACAAAGCAUCAAUCUCACUCGACCCACUGAGGAGAGCACCUCUUGGAAUUCCAGCCCAGUGCUUCCCCACUGACCACAACUCAUCUGUGACAGCAUGCACCUGUUUGUGGGCUCACAUUGAAUGGUACAGUCCAACGCCUACCCCAUCCUCAUGGUUCCUCCUGGGCCAGAUGGCUAUCCUGAGAAUCCUAUUAUCAACUUCUCCUGGUGGCACACACUUCUCCUUGGAAUCACACCGAUUUCUUUUCUACUCAGAGGGAUUUAAAAACGAUUUAAUUUUAUCUCAUCGAUCUGGUCCUCCCCUUGAUCCAAUGUCAGUGCAUUCAACAUGUCAGCAGAAAAGGAUCUGAAGAAGCCUAAAAAGAAAAAGCAAGAAGCUGAUUCAGCAAAGACCAGCGGUGCAGAUGCCAAACCAAAGAAGCCAAAAGCCAAGAAGACUGAAGAAGUCUCAGACGAAGAAGGCAGCACACCUUCAAAAAAUGGAAAAAAAGUGAAGAAAAAGAAACCUGAGAAGGAUAAAGAGGAAACAGGAGAAAAGGACACAAAGAAGAAAGCCAAAAGUGUGCCCAAAAAGAAAUUAAGUUUAGAUGCAGAAGAUAAUAAUGAUGAUGAUGGUGGUCAAAAAACAACCAAGAAAAAAAUCACAAAGGAGAGUUCCCUCUCUGUUGCCAAGGAUAAGAAGUCAAAGGCCAAAGACACUAAAAGUGAGUCAGACACCAAAGAAAAGACUUCCAAGUCCAAAAAGCAGCCUGUUUCCAUGUUUCAAAUAAAUGGAGACAAACCACCUGUCCCAAAAAAGGAAGCUUCCAAGUCUGACGAUGAUGAAAGUGAAUCGGAGAAUAAACCUAGCAAAUCCAAAAAGAAGCCCCCUGCAAGUUCUGCCUCAAUGUUUCAAACUGGAGGGGACAAAGACAAGAGUAAAGACAAGAGCAAAGAGAAAGACAAGAGCAAAGAGAAAGACAAGAGCAAAGACAAAGACAAAGACAAAGACAAGGACAAUGACAAAAAGGGGAAGAAGAAGGCAAAAGCUGAUGACAGUGAUGAUGAGGGCACCGAGACGACUAAAAAAAAGGGGAAAGGCAAAAAAAGCAGAAAGGAGGAACGACCUCCAUCGCCUGAAAUAGAGUUUGAUGACCUGGAAGAAUUUGUUCUCCAGCCUGCUCCUGAAGGGGUCACUGUGAAAUGCAAAGUCACGCGGGACAAAAGGGGAAUGGACCGAGGCUUUUACCCCACAUACUUUAUACACCUGGACAAUGAAAAGAAGACCUUUUUGUUGGCUGGGAGGAAACGUAAGAAAAGCACAACCUCAAAUUACUUGAUAUCAAUAGAUGCCACUGAUUUGUCACGAGGAGGUGAAAAUUUUGUGGGGAAGUUGAGGUCAAAUCUUGUGGGCACCAAGUUCACUGUGUUUGAUAAUGGUCUUAAUCCUGACCGAGCCCUCAGAGACAUGUCCAAUGCUCGGCAAGAGCUUGCAGCAAUUAUCUAUGAGACUAAUGUCCUGGGUUUCAAAGGCCCGAGAAAGAUGACUGUGGUCAUCCCUGGGAUGAACGAGGACAGUGAGCGAGUGCCAAUCCAGGCCCGCAACGACUAUGAUGGGCUACUGAUGCGCUAUCAGAACAGGCAGAUGGACAACCUGAUAGAGCUGCACAACAAGACUCCUGUUUGGAAUGAUGACACUGCGUCUUACGUACUCAACUUCAAUGGUCGGGUCACGCAAGCUUCUGUGAAGAACUUUCAGAUCGUCCACAGCAAAGACAGCAGUUACAUUGUGAUGCAGUUUGGAAGAGUGGCUGAGGACAUCUUCACAUUGGAUUAUAACUACCCCAUGUGCGCUGUUCAAGCCUUUGCCAUCGCUCUGUCCAGUUUUGAUGGGAAACUGGCCUGUGAAUAGACUUUGAUUACAGUUUUUUUUAGCCCAAACAAACUUAAAAGGACAAAAACAAGAAUCACCCCAUCUCAGAUGAUCAACUUCAUGGAGUGUAUGCACCUCCAGUAUAAGGGCCAUACUUUUCAUUCAUCUCAUGAGGGCAUAUUGACUCUGAUGAUUAAGUGUCUUCCAGGCGUGUGGUACUGUAGCCUUCAACCGAAUGGUUUAACAUGAAUUUGAUCAACAUUACUAAUUGAGCCACCAGACUCAUUAUUAUUUCACAGUAUAUUACCGUAGUCUUAUGUCAGAGCAUAUUAGUCUUAAUACAAUCUUCCAGAUUAUAGUAGAAUCUGACUUACACAAUUGUUGCCCUAAAACACAGUGAUAAUUUUGGUGUACAUGUGCAAUCAUGUACUAUUCCUUUACCUCUUCAACAACUUUGUGCUGUGGUUUCUAUUCAAGUAAUUUUUCACUGAAAAAAAAAAAAAAAUUUAUGAUAUUAGUGUAGGAUAACCUUGUAUACUCCAAAUGUAGUGUUCAUUAGCAUUAGUAAUUGACAGCAACAAUUUGAGUGGGAAUUGUUACUUUGUCUUGUUUCAACAUGCCUUUACUUUAUUUUGCUUUAGCCUUCUUUUCAUGGUGACUUACUGUGUAAUUUGACAGUUGCUCAUUUCUCCCAGUGAAGUCUACAGUAGGCUACAGCUGGGUCUACGGGACAAGGUUUAACGUGUUUUGAUGUAUUUUUAUGUGUCACAUUGGAUGUGUCUUGUUUU